AAGCAAAGGAAGGAGAUAAGAAGUCGGGUCGUCCUCUGCCUCUGCCUUGCCUUCUUGACCGCCGGCAGCUAACUCAUUCAAGAAGGACCUUUUUAACUCCCGAACCCGCCGUGCUUUGCCUUUUUCAUCCCAUUCCUCCUCUCUCUCCUCUCCUCUCCCAUAACCGCUCGCUUAUACCCUUAUCUGCCGCAAUCUUCUCUGCAGCAUAGAGCAUAGACCUAGACCAUACCUAGGGAGAUUUCUUACAACCAACUCAGCCACCCGUUAUUCCCAAACCAGAGUCUCCUAAGCACCACUGCACCACUGCACCACAUUCUCCACCAUGACCGUUGUUACCAACGGCACACCCUCGUCCCCCCUCUCCCUCACUUCCCACUCCUUGUACCCCAGGUCCCCUAUUGUCGUCCUCACCUCAACACGAGUCGUCAUCACCCUCCCAGAUGACUCGCUAGUCGUCACGCCUGCUACCGUCAUCAUCUCCCCCCAGUCCGGGAAGAUCCUCGACCUCAUCCCGUCCGUUCUCCCUCGCUCGGCCUUCCCGGGCCCGGCCGAGUACAUCGACUAUGGAAAGAAGCUGGUCCUCCCUGGCCUCGUCGAUGCCCACGUUCACCUGAACGAGCCGGGCCGUACCGAGUGGGAGGGGUUCUGGACCGGCACGCGGGCCGCCGCCUCUGGUGGCGUCACCACCGUGGUCGACAUGCCCCUGAACGCCAUCCCGCCGACCACCACCGUGGCCAACUUUGAAUUGAAGCUCGCUGCCAGCCGGGGCCAGUGCUGGAUCGACGUCGGGUUCUACGGUGGCGUCAUCCCGGGAAACGCCGACCACCUCGUGCCCCUCGUCGAAGCCGGCGUCCGGGGGUUCAAGGGCUUCCUGAUCGACUCGGGCGUAGAAGAGUUUCCCGCCGUGUCGUCCUCGGACGUCGACCUCGCCAUGCGCACGUUGAGAGACGUGCCCACCACCCUCAUGUUCCACGCCGAGAUGCUCCCGCCCAUUACCGCAUCGGUAGGCGACGCCGUGCAACAGUCGCACCCCCCCCUGGCCCCCCAGGGCGAACUGUCUGCCUAUAACACUUUUCUCGCGUCUCGCCCUCCGUCCUUUGAGACGUACGCCGUCGAGGAGAUCUUGUCGCUCUCCCACCUCGCACCGAACCUGCACCUGCACAUCGUGCACCUGUCGGCGGCCCAGGCGAUCCCGCUCCUGCGCAAGGCGCGGGAGGCGGGCAUCUACAUCACGGCCGAGACGUGCUUCCACUACCUCGGCCUCAGUGCGGAGGAGAUCGAGAUGGGCGACACCAGGCACAAGUGCUGCCCGCCGAUCCGCGAGGACGCUAACCGCGACGUCCUCUGGGAGGAGCUCACGGCGCCGGACUCGUGCAUCCGCACGGUCGUGUCAGACCACUCGCCCUGCACGCCCGAGUUGAAGCUCCUACCCGAACACCUUGCCCCCGAGCCGGAACCUGUUCUGGAAGCGCCACCCAUGCGUCACACCGACUCGGGUAUCGACAUGACCGCCCCCGAAGACGGGCGAGACGAGCCGGAACAGGGCCCCGGGGAGGAAAGGCAGACGAAGAUGACAAAGACGACGGAGCCGAAUGGUGCCGAAAAGCAGCAGCAGACGGUCGUCAAGGUCGACAAAGACGGGGCGGUUUCCUGCGCAUCAAGCACGAGCGGCGACUUUUUCGCGGCCUGGGGCGGUAUCUCCUCGGUCGGCCUCGGUCUCCCCAUCCUGCACGGGGCGGCGGUGGAACGGGCCGAGCGGGGCAAGACGUCCGGGGUGCCGGAUAUCGUGGACAUGGUGCGGCUGUGCAGCCAGGCAACGGCGGCGCAGGUGGGACUGUCUCAUCGCAAGGGCGGGCUCAAGGUCGGGCUGGACGGCGACGUGUGCGUGUUCGACGACGAGGACGAGUGGGUGCUCCAGAGCGGGGACAUGAAGUGGCGGAACCGGUGCUCGCCUUGGGAAGGGAAGAAAUUCCGUGGUCGCGUCAGGGAGACGUGGCUGCGCGGGCAGAAGGUGUUUUCGUACGGUGGGCAGAACGGAGGGUUUGUGGGGGGUAGGCCGGUGGGAGAGGCCAUUACUGAGAAGAGGACGGCAUGAGGAAAGAAGUCUUGAAGAAAUAAGUGAGACGAUAAGGAGAAGAUGAGGAGACGAUGAGGAGAAGAUGAGGAGAAGAUGAGGGGAUGGAUUGGGGGAGAGGGGGAGGGGUUGGAGAGUUAUGACGUCGGAUCAACGUUUUUAUGCAGUACGCACAAGGUACGCAUAGGUACGCACUAAAUUGGGGGACACGGCUGGUACCUGUUCCGGAUCAGCACUUGGAAUGAGCAACGGCACUGAAGAGCACGAAGUAAAUGAACGGUCGCGUUUUGGCGUUUAUUAGGUACAUAUAUAUAUAUAUAUAUAACCAGAGGAGCU